UCUCUACCUUUGAACAAGCAACCACCGUCGGCGACAUACUUUGCUUCUGUUGCUAUGCAUAUUGUCCUGUGGAGCUGCACAAGUCAAACCUGUACCUGAACGAGUUUUUCGUGGGUGGCACAUCCAAGAAGAGCAAAGCAAGGAGGAGAGAAGGGUGACGAGCAGCUCGGAGGGACAAACAAUGGCCUCUUCCUGCGCUGCCUGCAAAGGCUCCGGCGACAGGAAGAAGAAGAAGCAGCAGAAGAAGCCGAAGUGCGAGCUGAUCGGCUACGAGUCGCUGCCGGAGUGGCUCAAGGACAACGAGUUCAUCCACGGCUACUACCGCUGCGAGUGGCCAAUGCGGGAGACUAUCCUCAGCAUCUUCUCCAUCCACAACGAGACCCUCAACGUCUGGUCACAUUUGGUAGGAUUCCUGCUGUUCUUGUGCCUGACGGUCCUCACGGCAAUGGUGAUCCCAAGUGACGGCAUUAGCGGCACAUUUGAAGAUGCUUCGUCGGCGAGGAGCUACUGGGGAGAUCUGAUGUCGAUGGCCAACAUGACGGGGGUGCUGAAACAUGAGGCAGCUGCUGCGUGCCUCCUCCUGCCUCCAGCUGCUACAGAUUUGUCUGAAAACGAGGAGAAGAUCCCAACCAGCUGUCCACCCAACACAUCCUCCUCGCCCUCUCACCAUCACGUUGCCUUGAUCCAGGAAGACGCCGGCCGGGCGCCACGGGCUGCGGACGCCGCCUCUGCCGAUCCGAUCACACGGUGGCCGCUGUUCGCGUACCUGUGCGGCGCAAUGGUGUGCCUGCUGACGAGCAGCGCGUGCCACCUUGUGCUGUGCCACUCGGAGCGGACGGCGUACGUGACGCUCAGGCUGGACUACGCCGGCAUCGCCGCCCUGAUCGUCACCUCUUUCUACCCGGUUGUCUACUACUCCUUCCUGUGCCACCCGGGGCUCCAGCGGCUCUACAUGGGCUUCAUCACCGCAUUCGGCGCCUCGGCGGUCACGGCGUCGUUGGUGCCGGCGUUCCAGGCGCCAGAGCUGCGGCCGCUCCGCGCCGCGCUCUUCUCCUUGAUGGGCGUGUCCGGGUUCGUCCCCGUGGCGCACAAGCUCCUGCUCUACGGCGGCCGCCAGGAGGCCGUCGUGACGGCGGGGUUCGAGGCGCUCAUGGGCGUGCUCUACGGGCUCGGCGCCGCGGUGUACGCAUUGCGCGUGCCGGAGCGGUGGUUCCCCGGGCGGUUCGACCUUGUCGGGCACAGCCACCAGCUGUUCCACCUCUUCGUCAUCGCAGGCGCGUACGCGCACUACCUGGGCGGCGUCGAGUACCUCAGGUGGAGGGACGCCGACAAGUGCUGGUGA